CCGUGUGAUCCCGUGGCUGCAGGCGGCCGGUGGUGCAGCUCUGCCCGGCUGGCUGUUGGCGGAGCGGCCCGGCCGUGCCCGGUACCGCAGCUCGUUGUGCCAUGACCAUGAGGAGAGUGAACAUCGCCAUCCUCGUGCUGGCCGUGAUCAUCUUCCUGCUCGUGCUGCACCACAACCUGCUGGGCCUCAGCGACAUCCUGAGGAGCGAGAUCACAGAUUCCAAUCCACUGGGACUUCAGCCCAUCGACUUCAUCCCUGCUGCUCCCCAGAGGCUGGAGGAUGAAAGGAACGAUCAGGAGAUCUCCGUGGUCAUUGCAGCAUCAGACGAGAGGCUUGGAGGUGCAAUUGCAGCCAUGAACAGCAUUUACCGGAACACCAAAUCCAAUGUGGUUUUCUAUAUUGUUACAUUGAAUGACACUGUGGACCACUUGAGACUGUGGCUGAGAAACACUGCUCUGAAAAAUCUCAGAUACCAAAUCGUGCAUUUCGACCCUCGUGUGUUAGAAGGGAAGGUGGAGGUGGAUGCCCAGAAGGCAGGCAGCAUAAAGCCGUUGACCUUCGCGAGAUUCUAUCUGCCCAAUUUGGUACCUCAUGCAGAGAAGGCCAUCUACGUGGAUGAUGAUGUUAUAGUGCAAGAUGAUAUCCUCGAACUUUAUAAUACCCCACUGAAACCUGGGCAUGCAGCUGCAUUUUCAGAUGACUGUGACUCUACCACUAACAAGGUUGCUGUCCGAGGAGCAGGGAAUCAGUACAAUUACAUUGGGUUUCUGGAUUACAAGAAAGAAACCAUCCGAAAGCUGGCGAUGAAAGCCAACACUUGCUCUUUCAAUCCAGGAGUUUUUGUUGCUAAUCUGACAGAAUGGAAAUUACAGAACAUCACUAAGCAGUUAGAGAAGUGGAUGACACUUAAUGUAGUAGAGGAGCUUUACAGCAGAACUCUGGCCGGCAGCAUCACUACGCCUCCACUGCUCAUUGUGUUUUACAAGCAACAUUCCAGUAUUGAUCCCCUGUGGAACGUACGACAUCUUGGGUCCAAUGCUGGAAGAAGGUAUUCUCCUCAGUUUGUGAAGGCUGCCAAGCUGCUCCAUUGGAACGGACAUUUCAAACCAUGGGGAAGAACGGCUUCGUACGCUGAGGUGUGGGAGAAGUGGUUUGUCCCUGAUCCUACGGGCAAGUUCAGCCUGAUCCGAAGGCAUCCGGAAGCCUACGAAGCGAAGUAGAGGACGUUUAACAACUGUUGGCAUUUUCUCAGGACACUCGUGGAGCCAAGCAGCGUUUUCUUAGUCGGUUUGUACUCCAGAACAGCCCUCGCCUCCCGGAGCACAGGGAGAUGCACUUACUCAGGUGCCUGGUGCACUUCCAAGCUGCACGGUUCCAAAGGAGACUCACUUUGCUUGUGUGACUGAUGGCAGCGCUGCAGCAGGGAGUGAAGGGCCCUUCUGCACAGCGGUGCUUCUGUGAGGGCGUUCCUGUCUGCUGUGUGUCCUAAUGCUCCUCACUACAAAUGUUCAUUGGGAAAUUGUUUUGUCAGUUAUAAACGGUUCCAGAAACAAGACAGAACUUCAGCUGGAGUUCUCAGUGCACCGCAAUGGACUGCAACUAAGAGCCGCCUGCAGUUUGUUGUGUCGUUGUCUUACCCUGUGAGUUCCAUCGUCAGUCCUUUCCUGCAUGAAAACCGCCCCCUUCCAUCUCUGUGUCAGCAUUUCUUGCACAAUUCUGCAGAACUGACCCUCGAGGUGUGAAGGGUUGUUCACGUGUUAUUUGAGUGUGCAGAGCAGUUUGAGCUGCUCAUGUAUGCAGACGCUUUCUGUAACUGGAGGAGAAAAUGUGUUAAGAAUAAAAGCCAAUGUUACAUUUUGACGUUAA